AUGCUGACUGGAUGCAUGUCGAUGUUGACAUUGCUACUGCUGAGAAGCUUCUCGAUACCCAGUACUUCUGUGUACGAGAACAACGAGGAUACCACCGCUCGCCCUCUGGUCCGUACUGGCCAGUACUCUGUACCCAAGGGACUACAUGGCUACAUUGACACUGUCCAACCCACCACAUCGUUUAUGAGGCGCCAAAAUACCGAUGCAACCCAGGUUAAUGCCAUUGACAACACAGCCUCUGCCACAGGCGACUGCCUAAAGCAUUCAAACCUCGACUGUGUUCGCAAACAGUACAAUAUUGAUUACACUGCUGCUGGUAUAGGAUCUAUUGCUGUCGCCGGAUUUGAAUAUCAAUGGAUUAACUUGACAGACGUCAGAGGUUACGUCAAGACGUGGGAUCCAGCCAACAAGGGCACUGUUUCCGUUAAGCUGGUUGCUGACGGAACGAACUACGAGUCAACGCCCGGCGCUGAGUCGUCUAUGGAUGUGGAUCUUGCCGUUGGUAUUGGAAAUGGCAACCCGGUUACCUUUUUGUCUGUGCUGUCCUCCGGUGCCAGCGAUCCGAAGGAUGACUUUGCCGACGAAUUGUUGCACUUUGGCCAGGCGCUGAAUGCGGAAACCAGCCCUCCCUCCGUUGCCACCAUGUCCUCAAGGAUCUGA